AUGCGUUGCUCUAUUGUCCUGACAACUGCAUUUGCUAUCUUUGCUUCUUCAGCUUUUGCUGCCCCACCUUCUCUUCCAUCAGCUGAAUUACAGCAACUCAAAAAAAACUUGGCGAAGGCUGCAUCUGAUGGUAAGAAGAUCAGCACUUACCAUAUCCAUGUCGUUCAUCGCCAACCUGAGCAACAACAGCAACAAAAGCCAAAGGCGCAGCUACAACGCAGAGGCUAUCUUGAAAUGAGCAAUAUCGACCCUUCCAUACUGGAUGAAGUAGCGGAAAGCCCUAUCUUGAACACUUUAUUGGACAAAUACGGUGAAAAACAAACUACUGACUAUGAUAAAGAACCUGAUAUCGCGGACAAUGCAUCCAAAACUGUAGAAAGUGAAGCAGAAGAUCACGAACAAUUACGUCGUCGACAACUUGAUGGGUUACCUUUGGCAGAUCUAUUAGGACUCCUUUCAGGUGCUGGUCUCUUCUGA